UACAGAGAGAGUGAUCCUUUUGGGAUCCCACGUUAUCAGAGAGGGCCCAAACGCAGAGCGGAUCCUUCCUCUCUGUGCCGCGUGUUUCCAGUCGGAAAUAUUUUCGCAAAGGACCUAAACGCGCAGCUGCUACCCAGGGUCCCUCCUUUCCCGGGCUUUCUGUAAAAGCACUUCCCCAGGGGCCGCCGUUUGCGCUCGGCCUAGCCAGAGAGGCCGCUCGGAGAACGGAUCUCAUUGGGCGCGGGAGGCUGAUGGCCAAGACUGAGGCGUUUAGAGAAGGAGCUGGCACUGGAGAUCGAACCCACGACCUUGUGAAAGCUAAGCAUGUGCUCUACCGCCGAGCUAUCUUCCCCUUCCUUUGGAUUCUUGCUGCCCUUCCAGCUGCCGCGGCUGCCCGGCUCUUGUCCCCGCCGCGCGACGACCUGCUCGUGGACACGCGUGGUGCGCGACUAGUUCACCGCGCAGCUGGGGACGAGCUGCGGGCGCCCCGACUGGCCGAUAGUCGCACUCGACGCUCCAGCCCUCCACGUGCGCCGCCUGUGGCCGGCUUCCCAGCGCCCGGGCCACCCGCACAAGGUUCCGGACCCGGCCUGUCUGCCCUGCCCCUCUCUAGGUCAACCCUGCAGCCUGGCCGCCGCUUCCCCUCUGCGCGCAGGAGCGUCGCGUCCAUCGCGCUUCUUGUGGACACCACCCAGACAUUCGCUACUGCUCCUUGCGCCUCAGUUUCCCCACCUGCCCGAUGGGAAGAGCCACCCUUGCCCACCUGUGUAUCUGGCCAGGUGUGACCUCGGGGCCAGAGGAUAAUGGCGCUGCCACAUCAGAGCCAACGGCUGGCCUCUGGCCCUCGGUCUCCCCAUUUGCUGAUCGGACAGAAACGACCCUCCUCCCACCCUCUGCCUUGCUGGGCAGGGGAUGCCGGCGGGACAGCCGGUGGGAAGAGGACAGAUUGGGCGUGCCCAUUCCUCAUGGGACUUCGGGCAAAGACAGCCUCGCCUGACCUCGUCUACUAAUCGAUCUCCGUUCCAGAGACCGACGGUUCCCGUCGUGGGUGGGAACGAGGCAGGGGGCAGGAGGUGGGCAGCCUGUGUGGUUCCCGCGCCCUCGUCCCCCUCCCCUCUCCCCCGACAGCUGCUCAAAAAACGCGGAUCGUUAGAGCUGCAGGCUCAGGGGCGGCGGAACCUUCAUUGCGGCGCGCGCGUUUCCGGCCGGCGCCUUUUCCCAGGGACGCCGCCGCCUCUCGCGCCCGCGCCCGCGCCCCCCGCGCCCGCGUCCCCGGCGCCGCCGGCCCGGAUCCCGGAAGCCUCGGUCCCGCCGCCGCCGGCUCUCGCGAGGGGAAGACCGGUGCUCGGGACCGCUGCCCGGUCCUCCGGACCCGAGAGGCCGCUGCACGGGCUGCCGCUCCAGAUGCUGCUGCUGCCGCCGCGGCCACCCCACCCUCGGUCCUCCUCCCCGGAGGCCAUGGACCCACCGCCCCCCAAGGCUCCCCCUUUCCCCAAGACGGAAGGCCCUUCCUCCACUCCUUCCUCAGCCGCAGGGCCCCGACCCCCGCGGCUGGGACGCCACCUGCUCAUCGACGCCAACGGGGUUCCCUACACGUAUACGGUGCAGUUGGAGGAGGAGCCCCGGGGUCCGCCCCAGCGCGAGGCACCGCCGGGAGAGCCGGGCCCUCGCAAGGGCUACAGCUGCCCGGAGUGCGCCCGUGUCUUUGCCAGCCCUCUGCGGCUGCAGAGCCACCGCGUGUCGCACUCGGACCUCAAGCCCUUCACGUGCGGCGCCUGCGGCAAGGCCUUCAAGCGCUCCAGCCACCUGUCGCGGCACCGUGCCACGCACCGUGCCCGUGCCGGCCCGCCGCACACCUGCCCGCUCUGCCCACGCCGCUUCCAGGACGCCGCGGAGCUGGCGCAGCACGUGCGCCUCCACUAAGUUCCAGACCCGGCCGGUGCUACCCUGCCCCUCUCUGGGCCACCAAGGCUGACCCACACAGCGUCACCCCCCCACCCCACCCCCACACACUCCCUUGCUCAGCUGAGGUUUCUGCCUUGCACUGGGCCUCAGUUUCCCCAACUAUCUAGAGGGAGAAGCAUUCCUUCCUUUCCUUCCUCUCUAGCUGUGUGAUACAGACCAAGUCGUUGCCCCUUCCUGGGCCUAGGAGCCAGUCGGAACCCAGUUCCAGCCCAGCUGUGCUGUGCGAGCCUUUGUAAGUGGCGUAACGUCUCUGAGCCCUGGUUUUCCGCUCCGAAGCGGUGAACGGUUGUUGUCUGCGUGGAAGAUUUGACAAAAGAGCACAGCACGGUCUGGUUUAUUUCUGUAUCUCCCCCUUGCGCCCACUACCCUCACCCUCUACUCAAUAAACAUUCCGCACUCCA